ACCAUCCUGGGGCAUAUAUAGGAAACCUUCUACAAGCUGUGACCAGUCGUGGACCACAAAAAACAGCGAUGAUGAAGGCUUUAGCGUUGAUUUUUGGUGCCUUCCUUAUAUCUGGGGCAAGUUGCGUUCAGUGUGAGGAUGGCUGGGUAGAGAUUCAAGGCAGCUGCUUCCGGUUUCACCAGGAUGUGGCCAUGCCUUGGCAAGAUGCCGUCAUAUUCUGUCAAGACGUGGGCGCACACCUGGCAAUCGUCGUAGAUUCGGACGCCCAUCGUAGCUUCUACGAGUACAUCCUUACUUACGGACUUUCCGGAACCUACUGGCUAGGCGGAAGUGACUUGGCAUAUGAGGGAGACUGGAAAUGGGCGAAAGAUGAAUCCAGGAUCCCUCGUGGGACACCAUUCUGGGCCUUACAUUCAUCAAUUUUAGGCUGGACUCAUGAACCUACUGGAGGCUCAGCGGAGAACUGCUUGGGACUGGACUCUGCUCGGAAGUAUUACUUCAACGACCUUGACUGCAACUUAAUCCACCACCCCAUUUGCAUGAAGUAAAGACUAACGACAUCCACUAAUAAGUUAUAGUUCUCUUCAGGUGGAUGGGACACUAGUGUUCACGAUGUUUAUUCUCUCCUCCACUCAGUUACAAUCUUCUGAAGUGGAGUUCAUGAAUAAAAGCAUAUCAAC